UUUUUUUUUUUUUUUCUUUUUUUACCUUUUUUUCGUUUGGAAAAAUAUAUUGAAUAAUGGUUUACGUGGGAAGAUCUUGCUUCAAGUGUGGAAAGAGUGGCCAUUAUGCCGUUGCUUGUGAAGAACCAGAAAGACUUUGCUAUAACUGUAAGCAACCCGGUCAUGUCUCGAGUGAAUGUACCGCUGAAAAGGUCAUUGAAGCCAAGACUUGUUUUGUUUGCGGUCAAGGUAAUACCACUUUACCACUUUAUAUAUAUACAUAUAUUACACUGUGUUAAAACACAAUCGUAGAGGGACAUUUGAUUGCCCAAUGUCCUGACCGCGAAACCGCUUCUUCUCCCACUACUUCUGGUCAAGGUGGUAAAGGACGUUGCUUCAAUUGUCAGCAGAUGGUAAGGAUAAAGAAA